UAAAGAGUCCUCCAUGAAUCCCAUAUGGCAGCUCUCUCAAAACUUCAAACGUCAAAGUUAAAGUUUAAACUUCAAACAAAGAAGCAAUGAUCCAAGAUCGGGAACACAAUGGACCACCACACGGGAUCCUACUUGCCGUCGUAGUAACCAUAGUGGUUCUAACCCCAUUCAUUCUCGGCGACCAAGGCGAGGCUAUCACCGAAACCAUAACCGAACUCCUCAGCCCCUUCGGCCUCCUCCUACUCCCCAUUGUCCUUCUUUUAACAAUCCAGUUCCUCUCCUCCGAUCGCGGCUCUUUCGUCAACUGUGUCUUCUCCACCGGCGAGCCGGACUCCAUCCACCGCGUCAGUGGCUCCCCCGUCGGCGUCGCGUUGUUCCUCAUUUUGAUUCUGUUUUUGUUGUAUAACCGUGUCUCUAUUUUCGGUGGCGACGAUGACUCCGAUUGAGUCGCUCAAAACGGCGUGUAGAUCUGCGUUUUUGACUCUUUUUAUUUUUUAUGUUUGGUUAUAUACGUAGAUUUUAUGUAUCAACAUGAGAUGUAUGUGCAAGAUUUCAACUUGUCAUGACAGAACUACCAUUGAUUCCACUGGCCAACAUUUCUUCUUGUGGGGUUAUUUUAGUAAUAUGAACGGACUGCCACCUGAAAAGGGGACAUGCACGGUGGCGUAGUGGUGGUUGUGGCUCACUUUGUAUGCCUUUCAGUUUUUGUUGUGUCAGCUGCUGACUAGUAGUAGUUGGUAUAGUUCAACCGCUAAAA